UCCAUGGAGAUGGCCAUGAGCCGGGAAUUCUGGGAAAUACAGUACUCUACUGGUACGUGCCUUAUGUCGUGGAUUUUCGCAACGGAUGGCUUACACACGGGAUGUCAAUUCGCCGCAUCCUUACACCAUACACGGAGCAUUUCUGUUGAUACCCAUCCGAAUAGUUUUUUUUUUUUGUGGAACCGAAGGUCGAAUUCAUGAUCUGCAGGAGUGAUAUUAUGCGCUCUCCGUUCCUGGCUUGCCCCGUCCAUGCUCUAUUUUGAAAUGGCUUCGGGACGAACCUCGGUGCAUUGUCCUUAAUUUUUUAUUUGAGGUUAUCGCGUGGUAAUUGAUCGCACCGCGUGACGUACUUCCCAAAAAACGUUGGUGUCACGAUUCUUCUCAUUGUAAUGACGGAAACUUGCUUUUGAAGGUUGUGGCGAUGUCGGAUUUGCUGAUAAUGCCAUCACUGAAAUUAAUUAUUUGAAACACGAAAGAUUUAGGACGUUAUAUCCCGAUGAAUUCCCCCAAAAUGUUGCGUGAUACGCCUAUGACUGAAAAUCAGUUCAUUUCGAAUGUCAUCGACCUGAGAAAUCGUCUGAAACGACCGAUCACUGCUCGGCUUCCCGUUCGUUUGACGAAGAAAUGGUUUCGACUGAGGGAAUUUGAUGGGAAAUCUAUGCUUGAGUUUUGGGAUGCGUGGUGGUCUGGGAAAAUCGCAAAGCAACACUUGACCAUGAUGCCCCUGGCUGCCGGACUUCUUGUUGGUAUUCUUGAUGGACAAGUUGCUAAGAUUAGGAUUGUUGAGGGCGAAGUCGUUAGUAUGACGAGAGAGUUCCAAGCCGUCAAUAAGAAUAUAGGUAAUGAAAGAAAUCUUGAUAAACCAUCUGGGAGUCGUGCAACUAAGCAUCAGAAGAAUCGGAAGAGGAAGAUGGCACGAUCAGUCGAAGAAAACGAACUAGAUCUUGAAGAUGUAUUGGUGGAGCGAAGCCCAAUUACUCCAGAAACGAACUCGCCUUCUUUGUGGAAAGUAGAUCAUUUGAUUAUGGUAGGUGCGGGCAUAUUUCUUGUCUUUGGGUUGUACUACAGGAAUCCUCCUUUGCAGUCCAUCUUCGAUCCUAAUGCAAUCGUGAACAUCGAAGCAAAUCAUUCGUCAGUUGGUGCUGGCGAGGACGUGUCAAGUCCGACCAUUGCGCAUGAAUCCCAACCUCAUAUCUAUCCUCAACUCGUGGAUACGCAAGAACUUCGGAAAAUCUCUUUGAUUGAUACUUCAGCCUCGUGCGUGCUAUUCCAUCCACAAGUUAAUCCACUUUUAGAAAAUGGUGAACGUGAACAAGAGAACAAGGAUGUCUUCUUGGAUAUCCCGGCGGAGACGAAUGUUCGUGGUGGUGAAUCUCCAAGAGUUCCCAUGCAGAAACCACCAUCUCUUGAUGCACUUUCCCGUUCAACACCAAACGGUCUAAAUCGUUUAGUAUCGAAGGUGCAGUGUGAUGCUGCACCUAAGAUUCAUCGAGGAGUGCCCGAAAUGAACCUUGCGCUGAUCAAACAGAAAACACCGUCUAAAGGGAAAUUUCAGAAGAAACGCUCUCAUUACGAGAGUGUCAGCGUGAUUCGAUUUCCCUUGUCCUACAAGAAAGGAAUGAGGAUUCCGGUUGACCGCCUGUUUCCCCAGUGGCAGUUUCGAAGUUCGUUGCCUGUUCUUGAAUGCCAAAUGGAGAAUGCAUCACCUUAUACGAUGACUACGUUCCACAUUCCACGGAUUACUUUGUCUCCGCUCCUUCGAAGUGAUCAAGUUUCGAAUGCCAGUGCUGCAAGAGUGAAAAUUUCAAGAGUUAACCGUUCACCUCGUGAAGGGGCUUUGGCAUCUCCAUCAAUGUCUUGUACUUCGGUGAAGGAGUCUAAGGACGUUGACUGUGGGAAAGGAAUCCCCCAGUCCACGCCGUUGAUGAUCCCUGGUGUUAUUGAAGAUCGGACACCAAUGAGGCGUGCAUCCUCUGUUUCUGCAGUGAACGUGAUGACAGAUCAUCCCAUUCAGCUGGAGUCCCAUUCUGCUGAAAAUGUGGUUGUCUCCAUUUUGAACCAUGAAUCUUUCAAUGUACCUCUGCCUGAUACCAGGGCUAUUAUCACAGGGGAAACACCUGAAGGAAUGAAUGAUAUGCCGAACUGGCAACCUGUAUCUUCCAUUUGUUCCUCUCAAAAUUUUUCGCGUGCGGAAGUGGUUCACUUCUUAUUUCAACUCAUAGGAAGAUACGUGAACGGCGAGUGUGAUUUCGAGCAGAGAGGAGAUCAAUUGAUGAUGAGGAAAAAGUAACUCAUCGCGUGGUGAGAUAACUAUCGAUUUUGAUCAAAACUAAGGCGGGAUCCUGGAAUAUCGUGUUUUUCAGUUUUUGCACCACGGAACAGAAAAUGUCUUCUGUUCAUUUCAAAGGUUCAGUACAGUACUGUAUUAAAAAAAUUCCGAUGUGGGUAUCAUUUUAUGGAAUGCGCUUCUGGAAAGGUUUUUGCCUCAAUCGAUAAGCUUUUAUCUGAAAAAUGUGUGAGAAAGUACGCGUGCAGAUCUCUUCUAGUGAUUUCCGAUGGGAAGAACUUGAAAUUGAGUUUUAGACAUUCUUGAAUCAAUGGGAUGAAGAGACAAAUCCGUAGUCAAGAGUACACCAGUGUUUCUCAAUGGUGUACAACGUGUGAGAAAAAGUGAUUCAACGUAUCAUGAGUUACGUCACUACGUGUGAUUUUUCUGAGCCAUUGAAGGCUAUGAACGAGUAUCGUGUCAAUGAUUUAUUUUUUACUCCGAGAUUACUGUGUUAGCAAUUCUUUUUUUUUUUAUAAGCUCUGGCAAAUUAUUUUAUAUGAGCAGUUCUAUGUUUAGCUGAAAAAUGCUCGCCAUUUUCGAAGCGCUUGAGUUAUUUUAAAAGAUCCUUCGUAGUUUUUCUGCCAUUCUGUUCUGGCAGAUAAAAUUGGGAUGCGUCAAAUCUCAGAGGGAAAAAUGUGAAAAACAUGCUUGCAGAACUGGAGGACAAAUAGUGAUUUGAAAGUGAUACUUCAGCUGGAAACCAUAUUAUGGAAUGUGAUAUUUUAAAAUAUGAGUUCAUAACCUUUGGAAGCUUUGCAAAGUAGCAAGGAUACAGUUUACCUCGACACAUUUUUAUGUUGACCCGUAGUUGAAUUCAAAAAGAUCAACGCAUGGUUUCAAGACUUUCAACUGCUAGAUUUUUACUGAUUAUGUGGUCACUAUUUUCGAAAAGCUGUGCCGUUGGAUCUGGAUGAUGAGGGUAAGUUUUUUUAAAAUCUUGUCUUAGUUCUAAUUCAUGCCGAAGAACUUCGUUUAUUUUGGAUCUUGUGAGAAAUGCUUCAAGAAAUGUCGAUGAGUAUGUGAUGGUGAUCGCUUGCAUGCCGUCAGAGGGCCAAAUGCUGUGUGUUGUUUAUGUUUCGUUUUCGAAAUAAAUUUUGAAAAUUCUGUGUUCAAGAAA